GUCUUCUCUUCACUUAUCCACUCAUCCAUUCUCCUGCCAGAGUUUAGAGCGACAGCAAGCCUCUUUCAAAAUGAUGUCUUCAUCCUCCACUCGCACCUACAUGUCCUCAGCAGGAUCCUCUCGCCUCUCUUCAUCUGGUGGGGGAGCAGGUCGUGUCACAUCCAUGCGUGCCGGUAGCGUGUAUGGGGGUGCUGGAGGAACAGGGGUUCGCAUUUCCAGUGCCUCUGCUUCUCGCUCCUUUGCUGCUGGAGGUGGUGCUGGCUUCAACCUGUCUGAUGCAGUUGAUGUCUCUGCAAAUGAGAAAGCCACCAUGCAAAACCUCAAUGACCGUCUGGCCUCCUACCUGGAGAAAGUGCGCUCCCUUGAAAAGAAAAAUGCUGACCUUGAGCUGAAGAUCCGUCAGUUCCUAGAUAGCAAGACUUCUCCAUCUGCUCGUGACUACAGUGGCUUUUAUGCUACUAUUAGUGAUCUCCAAGCCAAGAUUCAGCAUGCCACUGGUGUAAAUGGAGGGAUCUACCUGAGCAUUGACAAUGCCAAGCUUGCUGCAGAAGACUUCCGGGUCAAGUAUGAGAAUGAGCUGGGCAUGAGACAGUCUGUAGAGGCAGACAUUGCUGGCCUGAGGAAAGUCCUGGAUGAGCUGACUAUGGCCAGAUCUGAUUUGGAGAUGCAGAUCGAGGGGCUAAGAGAAGAGCUGAUCUUCCUCAAGAAGAACCAUGAAGAGGAACUCUUGGCAGUUCGCAGCCACAUGAGUGGACAGGUCAAUGUAGAGGUGGACGCAGCACCACAGGAAGACCUCACAAAAAUCAUGGCUGAAAUCCGCGAGCAUUAUGAGGCAGUUGCUGCUAAGAACCGCAAAGAACUCGAGGCUUGGUUCCAGUCCAAGACCGAAACACUUACCAAAGAAGUUGCCCUGAGCACAGAAACCCUCCAAUCAUCUAGAUCGGAAAUCACAGAGGUUAAACGCACACUCCAGAGUCUUGAAAUCGAGCUACAAUCACAACUCAGUAUGAAAGCAUCACUGGAAAGCACCUUGGCAGACACACAGGCCCGCUACUCUUCCAUGUUGUCGGGCUACCAGAUGCAGGUGACCAGUCUGGAACAGCAGCUGGUGCAGCUUCGUGCGGAUCUUGAGCGUCAGGGCUAUGAGUACCAGAUGCUACUAGAUAUCAAGACCAGACUGGAGAUGGAGAUUGCAGAGUACAGAAGACUGCUGGAUGGAGAGGCUGUUAGUGUCACAACCACAAGCAAAACCUCAUCUACACGCAAAGUGGUAACCAUUGUGGAGGAGGUGGUGGAUGGCAAAGUGGUCAGCUCAUCAUCCCAGGCUGUCACAGAGACCAAAUCCUCUUGAGAUAAAAAAAAAAAAGAAUUUAACUCAGAGUGACAAAAAACAAUAAACUGGUCUAAAUGUG